GAAUUCAACCCGAUUUGUUUACCAAGACCUGAAAGACUCGGAAGGACCCGCUGGAAAUCGCUUCUUUUUCACGGGCAUGGUGAUAAAAACCAACCAUGGAGGAGCGACUCAACCAAAUGAGUGCUGUGCUCCAGGCCAUGCAGAAAACUUUGGAGUGUAAUAUAUGCCUUGAUUUGAUGAACAAGCCGCUGACAACAAAAUGCGGACACUCCUUCUGUUCAGAGUGUAUUCAUCAAGUGGUAAAAGGCCCACGGAGCUCGGCACAAUGUCCUUUGUGUAUGACUAACAUCACUCGUCGUUCUCUUGGUCACAAUAAUAAAAUUACUAAUUUAGUGAUUGCUGUGAGGAAGAUAAUUGCAAGCAUUAAGAAGGAUUGCUGCUUUGAAGUAACGCCCUCAAAAUAUAGACCAAGACCUCGUCCUGUUAUCAGUCCUGAAGAUGAUGAUUCAGAAAAUGAAGAGAAUGACGAGCCGAGAAGAGGAACCCGCAAGAGGGGUGUCACUAGCCACUACAACCCUGAGGUGCAUGUGCCGAAGCCCAGGGCCAAGUCAGCAAAGCAGAGAAUUCUGGCCACAGAUAAUGGCCAAGAGCUGAGUCUUCACACUGAUGUGAGGUCAGACAGGUUUCUUAAGAGUGAAGAGGGUGGCACAGAUCAAAACCGCGCUGUAGUGGAUGUCAUCUCCCAGGAGCACUCCUACUCGUCCCCUACCAAGCAGGAGCCAGUGGUGAGAACUAGUCUCAUCCCAACCAUAAGCCGAGGGAGAGGUGGUAGAGGGGGAGUGUCGCUGAGAGGAAAGAGUAAAAUGACAUCCACAAGUCUCAAGGGAAAGGCUGAUGCUCACAUGUCAGGGAAGCCCUUUGGGAAUGGCAUGAAAACUGGGCCUUCCACAUACAGCACUAAGAAAGCUGAACAGCAAUUGGAGAAGAAUCUGUUAUCUGUUAGCCAACAAGACAAUGGCUGCAUAUUCCCUGGUGAGGCAAUGGUGUCUGUACAAGAAGAUACUGACCAUUUAAGUAAAAAAUUGGGUAGGGUAGAACCAGCUGACAAAGUAGCAAAUUGGUUAACCACCAGUAGCGAAGUGGGAUUCCGCAUUGGGGUGACACAGUCGACAGACACUCUCUCCACAGAAUCUGAGGACAAUCAGUUAUAUCAGAAAGCUAAGGAUAAAGGCCCCUCUAAUUCCAAGCUUAUUGAACCUAAGGUGAAUGUAAUGAAAAAGGGUAAUAAAAAAUUUAUUUAUCCUAAUGAAGGCACAGAACUUUCAGAAAGCAAGAGUGCAACAACUACCUCAUCUUCUCAGUCUGUGAAGAAAUUUUUUAAGUUAAAGGUAAAUGAGGUAGUUUCUUCAACAUUAACAGAGAGCCACCUACCUAUAGUGAAACAUGAUGCAAAACAUGAUCAGUCAAUGCUCCCACAGGCAAGUUCAGAUGAUCCAUAUAGUUUUAUUCCCAGCCAGAAAACGCCCAAACAGUUGAAGACUGUUGAAAAGCGAGGGCAGGAAGUCAAGUCAAGAGCAAGGGGGAUGCUCAAAAUGAGUCGUGGUAGAGUAAGAGGGAGAGGGAGAGGGAGAGGUCUGAUCCAAGCAGAAUCAAGUUCAACAGAGCCUGCUGGAAUUUUUGAUGAGUCCUGUGUAAGUACUGUUGAUACAACUAUGCUUAAACAGAGCACUCCCCUGGCCAAAGUGAAUAAAAUGAAACAAGAUAUUGAUAUCAGUGUGAUUAGACCCCCAGAUACUGUCAUUAAUUUUGCUGACAAUGAGCCACUGCCAUCCGUUAUUGUACAGACUCAUGCAGACAUUGAGGAUGACUAUGGAAUUCCAGACAGCUGUCCCGUCAACACAAAGGAUGAGUUUGAUGUCCUUGUGUCAGAGGCAAAAGAUGUCUGCAAAACUACCCCUCAAGGUACUCAGCAAAUUGAUGGACCAGAAAUAGAUGCUGAAGCAGAUCUCCUUUUUGUGACUCCUGCUCAGGGGCCAGACCAACCCCUUGACAUCAUUACAGGGAAGCCUAAAUCUGCCGAGGAUCCAAGCCAACAGGCCAACACUGAGGCUGGAUGUAGAACCAAAAAGAAGCGGGCAAGUGACGACAGUGACAGUGGGAAUGAGCGCAGUAAGAGAGCCAGAGUAAAGAAGUCCAGCAGCAGUAGUGGGUCAGAUGCAGAAAGCACACAGAGUUCAAAGAAAAGCAAAACAAAAGCAGAAAAGGCCAAAGAAGAGGUUGAAGCUUUGUGUUCGAUGUUUGAAGAGAUUGAGGAUCACACUCUAAGCACAGUAUCAUUGGUAGAAGCAGAGAAAGACAACAAAAAGCAAGAGAAGGAAAAAGAGGAGAGUAUGAGGUCAAAUAUAUCAGUAUUUGAUAAAACACUGGAAAACACCAAGCUAAAUAGAUCCAUAGCCAGCACAGAGGGUGGUAAGAGUGCCAUGCCGCCUCCCAAAGCUCCAGUAAGAAACAAGAAAGUCAAGUUCCACGAGAGUUUAGAAGAGAAUAGUGCUCCAAGUACUUCCAAAGACAGUUUGUCAAGUGUAGCAACUAGGUCAGCAGGGAAAAAAACAAUCCCUAGAAUUUCCCACAAUGCCCGUUAUGCAUCAGAAAUGAAGUUAGUAGAACCCAGUAAGAAUUUAGCUGUGUCUGUAAGUGUGAAAGACACAAAGUCACCUGGAUGGUCACAUGUAGCUGGUGCCAGGAAAGAUUUAAAAACACGCCACACUAGCCUAAAUAUUACUGGAGGAGAGCAACGUAAUAUAAAUGAUUCAAGAACGGAAGGAGGAACAUCUGUACUUUCUAGCAAGAUAGCUCCCUCUUCUGAAGAAUCAGAAGUCUCAAUAGAUGACCAAACCCAAGACUAUGAUGUGGAGCACCUUUGCUCUUCUCAAAGUAAGAAGGAGAGAGUCAAAAAACUCAAAGAAAUUGUAUCUCAGUUAAAUAAACCUGAGGAGGAGAGUGAGACAGUUGCAACACAUGGAAAUAAUGUUAAUAGCAAAGAAACAAAACCUGCCAUCAAGGAAAGUGAUAGUGAGAAAAAUAAACUUGGUGUCCAAGAAUUGAACAACAAGGGAAGUAAGUCUGCAGUGAAGGAAAUUAGUGGUGGAGAAAUAAAAAACUUAAGCACUGAGGUCAGUAGCAAAAACACUAAAUCUGCUGACAAAGAAGUAAGGAGUAAACUGAUUAAAUCUGGAACUAAAGAUGCUUCUGACAAAGAGUCAAAAUCUUUUGGAAAGAAAGAGGAUACAUAUGAGGAUGAAUCAACUGUAAAGCAAAUAAAGAGUAAAGAAAAUAGAUGUGACACAAAAUUAGUUCUACCUCCAACAGCCUGUACUACAAGCAUUGAAAGCAAAGCAGCACAGAAACAAGGCAUAGAUGAAAAGCCAAAGGAAAAUAGCUGUCAUUCAUCAGCACUCCUCAAUCCAGCAGAAACUGAGCCUUUUGAAUGCACUGAAGAACCUACAAGGAAGUCCUCAGUGAGUAGCAGUUCCUCAGACUCAACUUCAAAUCAGGUAAAGGGAAGAUUAAAGAGGCCAACCCGAGCUGAACAAAGAAAUAUCACCUCAAGGCUUUCCAGGACUUCUGCCAGACAGCUAAACUCAAGCUCAUCCAAGUUGUCUAGAAAGACCUUUUCUCUGAGUGUAAACACCCAAGAUCUAUCCACUUUACAUAGCGACUAUGAGAUUCUCAGCUCGCUUGAAGAUACUGAAAAACCUAACUGUGUGCCGGAUCCAUCAGGACAAAAGUCAGUGACUUCGAGCAACAAGGUGCCAGAAGCUCUCAAACCAAAGAAAAGUGCUUCCACCUCAUCAGAAACUUCUUCAGUUAUAAGUAAACCUCGGCCACCCCACCAUGCUAUGAGUUCAAGCACAGCAUCAGAUCUGUUAGACAAUGAAAAAAAUAAAAAAGACAUUUCACCACCCGCCACCUCUUUGCCAACAGAAGCAACUUACAGCAAUCAACUGGUGUCUGAGGAUUCAAAAGUUAUACCUUUCAGAUCUGUUGGGCCACUCUGUUCCAAAAGAUGUGAUGAAGCAGGGAAAGGAGAAGCUGUUGCAUUGGUGGGCAGCACAAAUCGUGAUCUGUGUCUCCAUGCUAUCCCAUGUGAAGUGUACCAGGUGCUCAUGAAAUAUAUGACUCUUUUGGUAACACAACAGGAUAAUCACAGUGUCUGCUGUGGCAGUUCAAACCUGCCCAAAUUACUGAAUUCUAAGGAGGUACAAACCAGUCCUAUGUCUGAAGCCACUGAGGAGAAAAUGCAUGUAGAAAAGAAAUUACAGUUAAAAUCCAGUGAUAGCACCUCCCUCGUUAAGCCCAACUCUGAGAGUGACAGUCAGGUGAUUCCUAAUAGCUGUGAGACUCAGGAAAUGGACAUAGCAAUUCCUCUGCCAGCUUCUAUUGGAGUGAAGACAAAAGCUAGAAAAGAUGCUGCUGCUGACACAGAAACAGUAGUAGAAGCAGAAAAUGACAGAAGUAACUUGAUUUGUUUAAGAGAAGAGGAAAAUAAAGACACGGUUACAGUGAAGAGUGCUCUGUCAUCAGAAAUUUCCCUUGAUAAGAACUGUUUGAUGCCUCAGAAAAAGAAGUUUGAUAAUGCAUCCUCAAGUCAGAAUAGUGACUCCCAGAGUUCUCAGAUGUCAACCAGCUUGUUAGCUGCUCCAGAUGUCAUUGAAACUAAACAUGGUAGGCUCACUAGAAGCACAAAUAGUUCAGGUGAUGCAAAUAGCCAAGCAGGGGAAGGUAGGUCAGUAGAAAAAUAUGACAGGGGGCAGCAUGCAAGUCAGAAAGUCAAGGAAAGAGCUGGUGUAGGCAAAACGAUGGUGAGCAAGAAUAACUUGGUCGAGGUGGAAAAGGAAAAUUUAAAGAAUGAUAGCACUUUACCUGUUGCCAUUAGCAGGCCAAGAAGAAAGCCUCUCCAAUCAGGUCAGCCAGUCAUAGAAAAUAUCAUGUCACAGUUAACCAAAGAAGAAAAGAGACAAGUAGCGGAAAAGAUUGAAUUGUCACAAAUUCAGAACCAAAGUUCUCAUAAUAUCCAGAAAUCUCUGAGCACUCAGAACAGACCUGCCAAUAGUAAACCUUUAUUUAUGAGUGAUGAAUCCAGCCAUGCAAGUAGGAAACAGAAGGAUGUGUUGACAGUAGGGUCUAAAAACUUGGAAGAGGAGCAGGAGGAAUCAGACAGUGACAGCCCCCUGAAGGCUUCCCUAGAAUCAAAAAGACAAACUUUCAAGAGGAUCCGCAGACCGAGUUCUGGGUCAAGUUCUGAUGAUAGCGACUCAGAUUCAGUCCAGCCACGAAAGAGAAAGGCUAAAACUAUCUCCAGCAGUGACAGCAUACAGAUGUCUGGACGUUUCAAGGAGGGAAAGAGUAAGGAAAACCUGGAACAACACCAAUUGGAUUCAGAGGAGAUGAGAGACUUGGAGAGACUGGACAAAAAUGUGUGGGAAUUCUUUGGCCACCCUGAUGAGGAUUUGCUAACCAACAAGGACGAUGAUGACAAGAGUUCACAUGUAAGUAUAGAUGACCCGUCGCAGAAGAAAGACAUCAUUGAAUUUGAAAAUGAUGCCCUAGUUCCAUCCCUCCCAUCAGAUGAAGAUAUUCCAAGCACUGAGGAUGUAAUGCGUAAUGUCCAGAUGGACAUGGAUUUAGUGAAGAAGAUGCGCCAGCAAGGUCAAGGAGACCCUGAAGUGAUCUCCCUGAUUUCUCAAGAGAUACAAGAAACAGCACCUUCUACCCAGAAACCUACGUUUUCUGCUAGCACAAAGUCAUUGUUUAACAAGGUUGACAAAAACCUGACAAAGGCUGAGGAUCUGCUCUGUAGUGGCAACAGCCUGUUUGGUGGUAUAGUCACACCAGUUGAUGAACCAAAGUCCAAUUCAACUAAAACCACUACUGUUGGCAACACAAAAACAAAAUCUAACAAAGAAAAAGCUGAGAUGGUUGAUGAAUCAGAUCGUGAUACUGAAGAAGACACAGAAAACAUGAGUCAUAGCAGUGCUUACUCAUCCCAGAGUGAGGCCAUCAGCACCCAGAAACGGGAAGAAGUUAAGGAUGAGGUGGAAAUGCUAAAGGCCCGAGUGCGUGAGUUAGAAGCAGUGGUUAAGAAGAAAGAAACUGAGGAAUCGGCAAAGAGAAAUGAAGACCCAGAAGAUGAUGUUUUACCCCCAACGUGUCCAACAGAAAUUAGUGAUACUGAGUCUGAAGAGCUUUUCUCAAGCCUUCCGGACUUAACGGCUUGCACACAGCCGAAGUUGCCGGUCUCAGGAUUCGAGAAAAAGACUACAAAACUAAGCAUGAGCGGACCCCCCAUGCUUGUGUGCACAGGACUGAACUCAUCAGAACUUAGCAAAGUGCAGGAUCUUGUAAACAAAUUAGCACCCCCGGGGACAAAGCUCAUGAAGUCCUGGGUUGAUGGGAUUACCCAUGUGGUGGUGAAGACUGAUGCUGAUCGAAUGGCUCAGCGUACCUUAAAGUACCUGUAUGGAGUCGCAAAUGGGUGCUGGGUUGUCAUGCUGGAAUGGAUCCUUGAUUCAAUCACGUUGAAGCAGCUCCAGAAUGAGGAAGAGUAUGAAGUGUUAGAUUGCACAGGGGUUCCUGGGCCCCAUCGAGCACGCACGACCAUAACUCCUCUUUUCCACGGUUGUGAAUUCUACCUCAUACCACCUUUUAUGGAUGUUACUUUAGAGCAGCUUCAGGAGAUGUUAGAGCAGUGUGGAGCUCGUGUUGUUGAUUCUCUGCAAAAAUUUAGUCAGAGUAAACAGUCCUUGAAGCUGAUUGUACUGCAGACAGAUGGCGAUCAUGAAACUGACAACAUCUGGAAAAAGCACAAGAAAGUGUGUGUUGCCCACGACUGGAUCAUUGAGUGCAUUGGCAUGUAUGCGCGCAUCUGCAUCAGCCCCUACAUCAUAGGAAGCCCAAGCCAAAGCCACAUUGCGGCCUCCAACCUGCCGUACGCCCUCAUGCAGGAGACCCAGGAGUUGUAGCUGGUUGUCUUUCAGGAGGCUGCUGAUCCGACGUUUGGGAAUGUUCUACUCAUUUGUUAUUUAGCUCUUUUUUCAUUCUUUCAUUCAUUCUUUUUCUUUUCUCUCUCCAGAUACUCAUAUCCAUGGCAUACUUAAUUUUGUGUCGUGACUUUCUCCAGUCAUUAUAUCCUGCUUUCUUUCGAUUCUUUCCCUUGUCAGUGUUUUUUUCUUACGUUGUUCAUUUAUUUAUUAUUAUUAUUAUUUUUUUUUCCCCCUUUCUUUUGUCCUCUCUACCUUUUCCAUUUUUAUGAUGCUUAUAUUUUUUGUUUACCUCUUUCAUGACUUACUUUAUCGACUUGAGUGGAAGUCAAGCUUUGACAUGACCCUAUCCAAAUAAAAGAAAAAGGAAAAAGAGAGAGAAAAAAUAUUUAUUUCUCAAUAGCAAAGGCUGCCUAGGAAUAUUCUGGUGGCGGUUAUGCACUAAAAACGUAUAUCAUUAUUAUUUUUUUAUCAUUUGUUUUUCUAUCUUAAUUAUUAUGUAAUAAUAAUAAUUAUUA